UUGAGACAUUACGCCGGCUGAAGACAGAGAAUGUUUUUCCCUGCCAGGACCUGAUGCAAUCCAUUCAAGCCAACAAGUUUGGAGAGAAUGUUGAGUUCAAUCAAUUCAGAACGUCGAGAUGGAGCCCAACUCACUCCAGUGGGUCGGCUCACCGUGUGGCUUGCACGGACCUUACAUUUUCUACAAGGCUUUUCAAUUCCACCUUGAAGGCAAACCAAGAAUUUUGUCCCUUGGCGACUUUUUCUUUGUAAGAUGUACGCCAAAGGAUCCGAUUUGCAUAGCGGAGCUCCAGCUGUUGUGGGAAGAGAGGACCAGCCGGCAACUUUUAUCCAGCUCUAAACUUUAUUUCCUCCCAGAAGACACUCCCCAGGGCAGAAAUAGCGACCAUGGCGAGGAUGAAGUCAUUGCUGUUUCCGAAAAGGUGAUUGUGAAGCUGGAGGACCUGGUCAAGUGGGUACAUUCUGAUUUCUCCAAGUGGAGACGUGGCCUCCAGGCUGGGUCAGUGAGAACAGAGGCCUUGGGAAGGAAUGGACAGAAGGAAGCUCUGCUGAAAUACAGGCAGUCGACCCUGAACAGUGGACUCAACUUCAAAGACGUUCUCAAGGAAAAGGCUGACCUUGGAGAGGACGAGGAAGAAACGAACGUGAUAGUUCUCAGCUACCCUCAAUACUGCCGGUACCGCUCAAUGCUGAAACGCAUCCAGGAUAAGCCGUCUUCCAUUCUAACGGACCAGUUUGCAUUAGCCCUGGGUGGCAUUGCAGUAGUCAGCAAGAAUCCUCAGAUCCUGUACUGUCGGGACACCUUUGACCACCCGACUCUCAUAGAAAAUGAGAGCAUAUGUGAUGAGUUUGCGCCAAAUCUUAAAGGCAGACCACGCAAAAAGAAACCAUGCCCACAGAGAAGAGAUUCAUUCAGUGCUGUAAAAGAUUCCAACAACAAUUCUGACGGCAAAACCAUCGCCAAGGUGAAAUGUGAGGCCAGGUCUGCCUUGACUAAGCCGAAGAAUAACCAUAAUAACUGUAAAAAAGUCUCAAAUGAAGAAAAACCAAAGGUUGCCAUUGGUGAAGAGUGCAGGGCGGAUGAGCAGGCCUUCCUGGUGGCACUUUAUAAAUACAUGAAAGAAAGGAAGACGCCAAUAGAACGAAUACCCUAUUUAGGUUUUAAACAGAUUAACCUUUGGACUAUGUUUCAAGCUGCUCAAAAACUGGGAGGAUAUGAAACAAUAACAGCCCGCCGUCAGUGGAAACACAUUUACGAUGAAUUAGGCGGUAAUCCUGGGAGCACCAGCGCUGCCACUUGUACCCGCAGACAUUAUGAAAGAUUGAUCCUGCCAUAUGAAAGAUUCAUUAAAGGAGAGGAAGAUAAGCCCCUGCCUCCAAUCAAACCUCGGAAACAGGAGAACAGUUCACAGGAAAAUGAGAAUAAAACAAAAGUAUCAGGAACCAAACGCGUCAAACAUGAAAUCUCUAAGAGCAAGAAAGAAAAAGAGAAUGCCCUGAAGUCCCAGGAUGCAUCCGAGGUUUCACCAGAGCAAGAGAAGGAACAAGAGAUUUUAAACCAGAAAAGCAUCACUGAGCCUCUCCCAGCAGCAGACAUGAAGAAAAAAAUGGAAGGGUACCAGGAUUUUGCAGCGAGGCCCCUAGUGUCCACAGCAGACCCAGAAAGAGACAACAAAACAGAUCAAGGUACCAACAGUGAGAAGGUGGCAGAGGAGGCAGGAGAGAAGGGCCCUGCUCCUCCACUCCCUAGUGCUCCUCUGGCCCCUGAAAGGGAUCCAGGGGCUGGCAAACAGUCUCUCACCUCUCCCAGUGUUCUGGUGGACGCGAAACAAGACCCCAAGCCCUGCUGUUUUACAGAGAGCCCUGAAAAUGAACUCCAAGACACAUCCUUCCCCGGCUUCCCCAACACGCAGCCGCCACUGUCAAACCAGAGCGAGAUGGAGGAUGACAAAGUGCCCGCGAUGGCAGAUUACAUCGCCAACUGCACCGUGAAGGUGGAUCAGCUCGGCAGCGAUGACAUCCACAAUGCACUAAAGCAGACCCCAAAGGUCCUUGUGGUCCAGUCAUUUGACAUGUUCAAAGACAAAGACCUGACCGGGCCCAUGAAUGAGAACCAUGGACUCAAUUACACCCCUCUGCUCUACUCAAGGGGCAACCCAGGCAUCAUGUCCCCACUGGCCAAGAAAAAACUUUUGUCACAAGUGAGUGGGGCCAGCCUCUCCAGCAGCUACCCCUACGGCUCCCCACCACCUUUGAUCAGCAAAAAGAAACUGAUUGCGAGGGAUGACCUGUGCUCGGGUUUCUCCCAGGCCCACCACGGCCAAAGCGCCGACCACAUGGCGGUCAGCCGGCCAUCGGUGAUCCAGCACGUGCAGAGUUUCAGAAGCAAGCCCUCGGAAGACAGAAAGAGCAUCAAUGACAUUUUUAAGCAUGACAAACUGAAUCGAUCGGAUCCCCACCGCUGCAGCUUCUCCAAGCAUCACCUCAGCCCCCUUGCUGAUUCCUAUGUCCUGAAGCAAGAAAUUCAGGAGGGCAAGGAAAAACUCUUAGAGAAAAGAGCCCUCCCCCACUCCCACAUGCCCAGCUUCCUGGCUGAUUUCUACUCGUCUCCGCAUCUCCACAGCCUCUACAGACACACUGAACAUCAUCUUCAUAAUGAGCAGACGUCCAAGUACCCUUGCAGGGACGUGUACCGGGAGUCGGAAAACAGUUCUUUUUCUUCCCACAAACACCAAGAGAAGCUUCACGUAAAUUAUCUCACCUCUCUACAUCUGCAAGACAAAAAAUCAACUGCAGCAGAAGCCACCACGGAUGACCAGCCAACGGAUCUGAGCCUUCCCAAGAAUCCGCACAAACCCACCGGCAAGGUCCUCGGCCUCGCCCACGCGACCGCUGCGCCCCAGGAGAGCAAAGGCGUCUCCCAGUUCCAGGUCAUAAACAACCAGAGUCGAGACUGUCACCCCAAAGCCUGUCGCGUAUCGCCCAUGACCAUGUCGGCUCCUAAAAAAUACCCUGAAGCGCUCUCAAGAUCAGGAAAACCUCACCAUGUGAGACUGGAGAAUUUCAGGAAGAUGGAAGGCAUGGUCCACCCUAUCCUGCACCGGAAAAUGAGUCCUCAAAACAUUGGUGCGGCGCGGCCGAUAAAGCGCAGCCUGGAGGAUUUGGACCUCGUGAUUGCUGGGAAAAAGGCCCGGGCAGUGUCUCCCCUGGACUCCUCCAAGGAGAUCUCUGGGAAGGAGAAGGCCUGUGAGCAGGAGAGCGAAGGCAGCAAGGCAGCGCACGGUGGGCAUUCUGGGGGCACGGUGGAAGGCCACAAGCACCCCCUCUCCUCCCCUAUCUUCCCAGGUUUGUAUUCUGGGAGCCUGUGUAACUCGGGCCUCAACUCCAGGCUCCCAGCGGGAUAUUCUCAUUCUCUACAGUACUUGAAAAACCAGACCGUGCUUUCUCCACUCAUGCAGCCCCUGGCUUUCCACUCGCUUGUGAUGCAGAGAGGAAUUUUUACAUCACCGACAAAUUCUCAGCAGCUGUACAGACACUUGGCUGCAGCCACACCUGUAGGAAGUUCAUAUGGGGACCUUUUGCACAACAGCAUUUACCCUUUAGCUGCUAUAAAUCCUCAAGCUGCCUUUCCAUCUUCUCAGCUGUCAUCCGUACACCCCAGCACAAAACUGUAAGCCCAGCUCUGCCCAGCAUCCAUGCGGCGUGGCUAACAGAGCUUCAGUCCUUACCCUGGGAGAGAUGGCUUGUAGAAGAAUUACAAGUCAGCAUUUCUUCUAGUCUGGGGGUAAGAUCAGUUCCAGCCAAAGGGGCCAAGAGAGGAGGUGAACACACCUGAUUUUUCUGGGACGACACCAGCCUUGGCUGGUCAGUCUUGAGCCCCUUCCAACACGGAUGCCCUUGUACCCCAGAUCGUUCACUUUGCACGGGAGUCUUGUGAAGGGAUUUAUGUGUCUCUAGGAAGAACUUGGAGGACCCCGUCUGAGUUCCGAUGGUCAGGAAACAAUCUGGGCAAAAAAGGGGCAGGCAUUUCAAAGGAAGGGGCAAGGAAGACUGGCAAGCAUAUGCCAAGGGAUGCCCCUGUUUUCAUAAAACUCUCCAAGGUUCAAUCAAUGCAAUGUAUAGUGAAACUUCAAUAGAUCUUUCGUUUGACACUAUUAAACAAUCCAGAGAAGUAAACACUGUUAAAUUGACUGUAUAUAUUUGCUUCUUAAAACUACUCGUAUCACUGUUUGCUCACCUAAUUUAUAUACAGGUAGUUCCAUUCUCUCCCAGUUCCUCUCGUCUUUUUUUUUUUUUUUUAAUUAAACAGUAUCGCUUUUGUUUGUAGGUCUUUUUUGUUCCGUUUUGUUUGAUUUUGUUUUGUUUUGUUUUAAAGGCUGACUGACUGUCCUAGUUGUUGAUGUGUGUUUGUAAUUUUUUCCACAUCUUAUCAUUUUGAGCAGCUUUGGGUGGUAAAGUUAUUGUUUACAAAUUGAAGCAACUGAUUCUAGUGGAACAAAUGAAAAAGAAACAGUUGAGCACACAGUAGUGCAAAGAACGUUCCUUUGCAGAUCCGCAACUUAUGGACUUUGUUCCUCACAAAUGGCAUAGUUGAAAGAGCUUAUACACUGCUUACCCGACCAAAUGCUUUGCUUUGAAGUAUUGGGUUAUGUGAAAAUAUCAAGCAUUGUACUUACCUUAUCUAGGCUGUGAAACUGUCCUACAUACCAGAGGAAUCAUAAAAACAAAAACCUCACUGGCAGCAAGCUGCUGAAUAACAACAGAGUCUAGAGGACAUACUUGUGGGCUGCACAGAUAUUUUAGGAAUUUCAGAAAUUAGAACAGGAGCCAAAAUGAUUUACAUUGGUGUUGGCCCUGAUCCCUUUAAAAAGUCCGGGAAAAGGGGGUUGGGAAGAGGAUGGAGCUCGACUAUCCAGAAGAAAAUGAGCAGCUGGAGGCCCGUGAACCAAAUACCUUCCCUGGGCCAUGGUCUUUCGUGUAAUAGGUAGUCAUGUUGCCUUCAUCAAGUUGGUUUCUUAUUGUUCUCAAGAAGAACCUCCCAGGCCACAUCCUUGGGGAUAAUUGGCAUACUGGAUUACUCAUUUCUAAAGAAAGUCAUCCUCUUUCGGUUUAUGGGGCUGUGUUUUAUGUGUACGCAUGCACAUACGGUGGUUGGUAUCAUGUUUGUAACCACCUGGCAAUACAGUCCGCUUUCUGAUUUAUUGUUGGAAAGAAACGGUCAAGCUGUUCAAGCAGUCAAAAGAUGUGGAGAAUGUAUAUUGUCAUUCUUGCCACUUUAUUCCAUUUGCUGCCGAGAUGUAACAUCAAGGUGGAUGCAUUUUCUAAGUGUAUUAAAAGUCCAUUAAUACAGAGAA